AUGUUUGUUGACCGAAUAGUUCUAUCUUUCCGGGGUGCUGGUCUGGAACGCGCAAAUACUUGCUUGAGAAAAGGCCAAAGACUGCGGAAAGCGUGCUCACACGUAUUCCGGCCUCUGUGCAGCAGUGACUUGCCCGUGAACCUCCCGACGGACCUGGAAACGAAGCGCGUGAUGAAACCGCCUCUAGCCGAGCGUGAGUCAAUCUGGUCGUACCCGCGUCCGCCGCGUGUGGAGCCGAACACUCGACACCUGCGUGUGGUGCACAACCAAGUCACUAUUGCGGAGACUCGGCGAGGUUACCGGGUUCUUGAGUACUCCCAUCCGCCUUCGUAUUACAUUCCGCUCGAUGAUAUCGACUUGCAGUACGUGAUGGUUUCCAGCAAAGUGAGGAGCACUUUUUGCGAAUUCAAAGGUGAAGCUACGUACUACGAUGUUGAAGUUGGCUGGGAGGUCAGUGAAGGAGCAGCCUGGUCGUACGAUUUUCCGACCAGGGCCUACCGGAUGCUGAAAGACCACAUCGCAUUUUAUCCUGCCAAGGUGGAUGCCUGUUGGGUGGAUGAAUACCGAGUACGUCCGGAACCGCGCAGUUUCUACGGUGGAUGGGUAACACCUCUCGUCAAAGGAGUGUAUCCCGAGGAAGAUGUCGAAGACGAUGAAGACAGCAGCGGUGGCGAUGGUAAGGACAGCGCGACGCAGUAG